CCAAAGCUGAAUGCAGAGACCACCAGGUACGGACUCUUUGGUCAAACCUAGAUAGAGCUGCAACUGGAAGAGAGAUCAAGGACUCAGGUUCAAGGAGUUUGAGAGUUUCUGAAGAGGAGCACCGUUCUUUCUUUCUCCCUCCCCUGCGCUCCAAUUUAUAAGGUGAUCCGUUAAAGGUGGAAAAUGUGAGGUUUUUACAGCUCAUGUGUCUCUUUGAUAUGUGAUCUCCAGACCAGUUAGUUACAAACAGAUUACUUCAGUGUCUCUGGACCAAAUAUGGCUUCUGCUGGCAUAGCCCCUUCAGCAGUCGGAAAGCCUGAUGGCAAUUCAAUGUCUGUUGACAAACUUCCUGAGGAAAUUAAUGAGAUGAAGAUCAGAGAUGAUAAGGAAAUGGAAGCAACUGUUGUGGAUGAAAAUGGGACUGAAACAGGUCACAUUAUUGUAACAACAAUUGGUGGUAGAAAUGGUCAACCCAAACAGACUAUAAGUUACAUGGCUGAGCGUGUUGUUGGACAUGGUUCAUUUGGUAUUGUGUUUCAGGCUAAGUGCCUAGAAACAGGGGAAACUGUGGCAAUCAAGAAGGUUUUGCAGGAUAAGAGAUAUAAGAACCGGGAAUUGCAGACAAUGCGCCUUCUUGAUCACCCCAAUGUGGUCUCACUAAAACAUUGCUUCUUUUCGACAACAGAAAAGGAUGAAUUGUACCUCAAUUUGGUUCUUGAAUAUGUACCUGAAACAGUUUAUCGUGUAUCAAAGCACUAUAGCCGGGCAAAUCAACGAAUGCCUAUGAUAUAUGUCAAACUCUAUACAUACCAGAUCUGUAGGGCAUUGGCAUAUAUUCAUGGGGGCAUCGGAGUUUGUCACAGGGACAUCAAGCCACAAAAUCUAUUGGUCAACCCUCACACACACCAGCUCAAGCUUUGUGACUUUGGAAGUGCAAAAGUGCUGGUCAAGGGCGAGCCAAACAUAUCAUAUAUUUGUUCACGUUACUAUCGGGCACCCGAACUCAUCUUUGGGGCAACAGAAUACACAACUGCAAUUGACAUUUGGUCAGCGGGUUGUGUCCUUGCUGAACUACUUCUUGGACAGCCUCUCUUUCCUGGGGAGAGUGGAGUUGACCAGCUUGUUGAGAUAAUCAAGGUGCUUGGUACUCCCACACGAGAAGAAAUCAAAUGUAUGAAUCCGAACUACACAGAGUUUAAAUUUCCACAGAUCAAGGCUCAUCCCUGGCACAAAAUAUUCCACAAGCGCACGCCCCCAGAAGCAGUUGAUCUUGUCUCAAGACUCCUUCAGUAUUCUCCAAAUCUACGAUGCACUGCUUUGGAGGCCUGCGUUCAUCCAUUCUUUGAUGAACUUCGUGAUCCAAGCACUCGUCUUCCUAAUGGGCGCCCUUUGCCUCCUCUUUUCAACUUUAAACCUCAAGAGCUAAAAGGAGCAACUUUAGAGCUCCUUGCAAAACUGAUCCCUGAACAUGCUCGGAAGCAGUGCCCCUUCCUUGGUUUCUAAGCUGUAACAUUACAUGGUCAUAGAUAUGAAGUUGUCAAGUGUAACAUAAUGAAUGCCCUGCAUGUAGUUUCAAGAAAUACAAACUGCGCAGUUAAAAUUGUUGUUUUGGGUUUCUUCCAAAACACUGUUGAAAGCUGCUUGUUUAACCAUGUAUUGACCUGCUUGUCAUAAUAUUCGAUCCGGAAAUGACGUUGAAAAAUUAUGCUGGGUAUCGUAUCCAUAUUCAGCUAUUGACAGGCUAAAACAUUUUCCCUCUUGUUUUUCUCCCUGGUAUUCUUGCUUUUGUAUGGACUUGCUUGGACCUCUUCCCUGCUGUAUUUUCCUACUUGUAUCGACUGGUUUGGUUUCUAUCCUAAGAAACAAAGAUAUAUGAAUUAUCAGUAAUAAAUGAAGAAUGCCAGAAUCAA